CUCUCUCUCUCUCACACACAUUCUGCAUUAGGGACGAGGAAGAGCUCAAAUAACCGGAGUGCUGGCUAUGCUCGGAUGGGGACUAUGAUUUAUGACCGGACUUGGUUCGCUUUCCCCGGGCUUUCUCUUUAUAAACCUCGGUGUUUGAUUAGGGGUGAGGAUUACAAUGGAAUAUUUUAAAGGAAUUAACGCAGGAGCGGUUGUUCCAAAGAUUUGUGCCUCCUGAUUCGGCUAGAUCAUCAGGAGUCUAGGUGGUGGUGGUGGUGUCCAUGGGUCCCGUCAUGCCCCCCAGUAAGAAGCCAGAGGUGUCUGGUAUCAGUGUGGCCAGCGCCAGCCUGUCCCACCUCUACCAGGCCGGCUCGCUGUCCCGCGCCCUGCAGGAGGCCGAGGAACUCGACCUGGCCCUCCCCGCCCCCCUGGCCCUCCCCUUGGCAUCCCUUACCGGCGGGGCCGCCAAGCCUGUGAAAGGCACCUCCACCCCAGGUAUGGAGGAUGAGGAGUUGACCAAUCUCAACUGGCUCCAUGAGAGCAAGAACCUGCUCAACAGCUUCGGAGACCCCGUGCUGCGCAGCGUCAGCCCCGUGGGUGGCGAAGGGGGUGGGGACGGUAACCGUGGCGACAGGGACCACGACAACAUGCCGCCGUCGCCGAUAGCGGGCGGGGAUCUGACGUAUGACGUCGAUCGGAACCCCAACUGUAAGCCUCCCUAUUCGUUCAGCUGCCUGAUCUUCAUGGCCAUUGAGGACGCUCCGUCCAAGAGGCUGCCGGUGAAGGAGAUAUACAACUGGAUCCUGGAACACUUCCCCUACUUCGCCAACGCUCCCACGGGCUGGAAGAACUCUGUCAGGCACAACCUGUCCCUCAAUAAGUGCUUCAAGAAGGUCGACAAGGACAGGAGCCAGAGCAUUGGGAAAGGGUCCUUGUGGUGUAUAGAUCCUGAGUACAGGCAGAAUUUGAUUCAGGCUUUGAAAAAGACACCUUACCACCCUCACGCCCAGGUCUUCUCAACACCCCCUACCUCUCCUCAGGCAUAUCAGAGCAUGUCCAGUCAUCCGAUAUGGCCAGGGAGUCCCUUCUUCAGAAAAAAUGGAGGAGUCCUCUUACAAGUCCCUCAGGGAGUGAUCCAGAACGGAGCCAGAAUGAUGAGUCAUGGCCUGUACCCAGGAAUACGACCACUACCCAUCAAUCCCAUAGUGAGCAGGACAGCUGCUGUCAGGUCUGUGCUGUCUGGAGGCUGUCGGAAGCGUAGCGACAGCAAUCCCCCCUGUGACUCCCCAUUGGUCAGCAGCGACCCCAAGGUGGACCACACCUACAGCACCAACCAAUCGGAUGACGGCAGCGAUUACACCAGCGACUCCAGUCUCCGCAGCAAUGGCAACGGCCCCGUUUCCCGGGACGUCGCCAACGAUUCGGACUUUGACUACGAGGACGACGAAGACGACAAGAGCAAGAUCCAGCUGGAGAUCAAGAAGGAGGAGCCGCGCGAUUGGCCUAUAGACACGAUAGACUCCACGCCUUCCAGCAAGCAGCACAACAAGAAGCGGCAUCACUUCCUGAAAGCCAAGCAGCGGAUGGACGUGGCUAGCGACACCCUCCCGCUAAAAAAGCGGCGCACAGAAAAGCCGCCAGAGAGUGAUGACGAGGAGAUGAAGGAGGCGGCGGGUUCGCUGCUCCACCUGGCGGGCGUCCGCGCCUGCUUGAACAAUAUCACCAACAGAACCGCCAAGGGCCAGAAAGAGCAGAAAGAACCCACAAAAAACUGACCACAGAAAGACUGAGCGAGCGAGAGAGAGAGAGAGAGAGAGAGAGAGAGAGAGAGACUAAGCUGAGAGAGAAGAUUUUAAAAGAACAAAAAGAAGAGAGAGAACGGAAAUGCAAAACAUCACUUUUAAUAUAGCAACGGAAGCUUUUUUUUCAGGACAUCAGGUGAAUUCUGAAUGAUUUGUGGCAAUAUCAAAAGCAAUCACUUUGUUUUCAUGUCUUUAAAUUGAAUGUUUUUGAAGGUUGAUAUAUAUACUUUUUUUCCCGUCUUUUUUGUUUUGUUUUGAUUUGUUUAAAGGAUAUUAAAGCCAUAGACAAACCUUUUUCUGAUAUUCAGCUAAAUUAGCAGGUUUCUGUUGGCUGAAAGUAAUGCGAUUGAGAAACAAAAAUACCUUUUUGGAAAACUGCCCCAUCAUGGAUUGGCUUGGUUGUAUGAAUAGAUUAGGGGAUCACAUUGUUAUUAAUUUCAAAAUGUACCCAAUCUGAAGCUAUUGCCCUUUACAGUUUCAUCAGACGCAGCUAACACUAUAUAAUAUAUUUCAGCAAGCUCAUACACUUGUUAUUUCUGUGGAAUUUACAGGUAGAAAGUUCUUAUGAGGUGCUUAUCACUGACUGUUUUGUUUUUACAGGGAUAUAGAUAAUUCAAAUGUAAUAAAGUUAGUAUUCAGGGUCAGAUCUUAACGUAAGAUAAAUGGAUGUCUAUGGCCUGCAUAUUCCGGGUAGGAUGCGACAUUAUACACUACGGGUCAAACGUUUUAGAACACCUACUCAUUCAAGGGUUUUUCUUUAUUUUUACUAUUU